UAGCCGCAGGGCCCUCUGAAAAAAAAAGAGCGAGUGAACAAAGUGGGCUGGGUGGUGGUACUGGAAGGUGUUGGUGGCAGUGGUGAUGGGGAUUUGGUGACUUCACUCAGACUGUUCACUGUGAGCAGCAGGGCUGCAGCUACGGACAGAGCCGCAGAGCCUUUUCACCACAUGAGUCUGAGCGGAGCUUCGGCACAUCUGGAGCAGUUUGUACCGCACAGCUGGACUGCUUAUUGAGAAGGAAGGGCCCGCAGCUGGUGACCAGGACAGCCUGAAGAUGAUGACUCUGAGGACUGUUGUUCUUCUGGCACUGAGCUGGACCUGUCGAGCUGCAUCUGGUGAUCCAUGGAGCAACUGCCCAGUGAACCGGAAGUGUAAGGAAAAGUUCGGAGAUGGGUCGUGUAACAGAGAGUGUAUGGACCCCGAGUGUCUCAGAGACGGCUUCGACUGCCUGAAGGACAGAGGUCCCUGCAAUCCCGGCCACAUUCACUACUGCCGGGAUCAUUUUGCCAACUCCCUCUGCGAUCAGGGAUGUGAUAGCGCGGCGUGUGGAUGGGACAGCAGCGAGUGCUUAAAACACCAGAGCCCUGUGUGGGCUAAAGGCACCCUGAUCCUGCACGUUAGGCUCCCGCAGCAACAUAGCAGCUCCUUCAACCGCUCCGUGCUCUGGGCACUCAGCGUCCUCCUCCUGUCGCCGCUCAAACUGAGAGGCUCCGUGCCCCUCGCCACCACCAGGAACCUGUUUGACUUUAACGCUCAGGAGCUUGGCAACAUGCUGUCACAGACGUCACCGGCAGACUCAGAUGGCUCCCUCUUUUUCCUUCAAGUGGACAACAGGCCGUGCUCCCAUACAACCUCUACCUGCUUCCCUUAUGCAACCGAGGCCGCAAAUUUCCUGCGAGCUGUAAGGGAACUAAACCCUCCCUCUUUCCCCUCCCUGUCAGAGCUGGAGGCAGUCGUCAGCAUUAGAGGUGUCCGAGAGGAAAUAGGAAGCAGAGAGGAGGAAAAGGAAGUCGAAGAGCCGACUCCUGCGUGGCUUUGGGCCGUAGUUGCCCUCGCCAUUGGGCUGCUGCUGGUGCUGCCUCUCGUGGUAUUCCUGGUGGUGAGGAGGGUGAGGCUGAAGCGAGCAAAGAGGGACAGUAGGGACAGGGUGCAGCAGCGGUCUAAAGUCACAGACAGCGACAGCAAAGCCAAGGCCUGGAUACAGCAUGCGACACACCAAGAACAACGCGUCAGAUCCAGCAGAGAGAAGGAAAAGAUCAGCUUGAAGAAAAAGAAAAAGGCCAAGGAAGCCGAAAAAAAGAGAAGGAGGGAACCGCUCGGGGAGGACGCCAUGCGAAUUCGGCCCCUUAAAAGGGACCAGGAUAUAGGAAGCGACACAGACUUUACCCAGAGUUCAAUGGAGGACCUCAGUGUGAGAUGCUCCAGACGUCAGGAGGACGCCUCCAUCUGUGACCACAGGACCCAGGAGCAGAAGCACUACCGGGCUGGAGCCUCCCAGCACCGCAGAGCUAUACAGGCUCCACCUAGAGGUUGGGAGAGGAACGCCAUGCCUCCUCCUCUGCUCAGCCCUCCUCAGCAGUCUGCAGAGUGGUGUGGCCCGGAUGGGUCUGUGGUUCUGAUCCGAGCGGUGCGCAGCGGGCUGGACAGAGUCGUCUUGGAGCUUCUGCGAGCAGGAGUGCCGGUCAACAACACGGAUCAUACUGGGAGAUCAGCCCUGCACUGGGCAUGCUCAGUAAACCACCUCUCCCUAGCAAGGACCCUCAUUCGCUAUGGGGCUGCUGUGGACCUACAGGACAAUAAGGGUGAGACAGCACUCUUCCUCUCUGCCCUCCAUGGCUGCUACGACACCGCCAGAAUUCUUCUUCUUCAUGGUGCCAACCUCGAGCUGCACGACAGGAGGGGGCGUCGGCCAAUUGAUGUGGCCAGAGAGGGCAUGCAUCACCAAGUGCUGGAGCUCCUGUUGGCUCACCAGAUCCAGAGAGGGCCCAUCCCUGUAGACACGGGGAAUGACAUGAUGUGGGAGGAGCGGGCUAUGAUGUACUCACCGUGGGCCGGAUCGCAAGGCCUGCCUGGAAGAAGUGCCUCCUUCUCUGGGAUCAUAGGACAUCGGGAUAUGACCCCACCAGUACAAAAUGAUUGGUCCAUGGGCCGAGUGCAGUACCCUCCUCCUCAGAAUUGGCGACCGCAGCUCAACCAAUCAGCAACAGCGUUCGUUCCUCCACGGGUCAUGGGCCGCUCCCCUCGGCCCAUCAGCACCUUACAGGAGGUGACCUCGGAAGACGAGGAUCGUGACAGGCAUCACGAAGUCCCCAGAGCUGUGACACCUCACUUCCUGUCCCCCCAGCCUACCCCUCGGCAGCGGUCCUUCUCCUGCACCCAGCAUGCACUGCAGCGCCGCUCCAGCGCCCACCAGCCAGAACCCAAUUACCUCAUAGUGGCAGACAGACCAGCCAAUGAGCCCAUAGAAAGGGUAGUUGUUUCCCCUCCCACAGAUGCUGCCACCCCACCAGAACAGCAGCCAGCUGUAAGCAGUGACAGUGUGAUUAGAGCAGAGCCAGCAGCAGUGAGCUCAGCAAACUCAGAGCAGAAGUCCAGAAGUGAGAGGCUGAACAACACGACUGACUCCACACAAACAGCCCUGUAGAAAAGAAAUGAAAACUGAAAUUCAGCUUCCUUUGUGAACGUGAAUAAGAAAGGAAGCGACUGCAUGGACACUCAGUUUUAGUUUGUCAUUAGGUUAAAGCUGAAGGUCCAAAGCUGGACUGUAAUUAUUCGUGUCAGACAGUUUUGCUUUGUCCAUCACUUCUCCAACUAAUACACAACAGCAUUUAGAGAUAUUCCUCCUUUUAUUACCUCCUUGUCUUUUACUCAGCCUCCUGUAAAUUAUUUGUUUGUUUUUAUUUCUUGUUUUAUUGUUAAGCAGAAGGGAUCCUGUUGUAAAUUUCCUCUUAUAGGGCGUGUUCAGAUUUUGUAAAUAAAAUUGAAUGUCUGAGAUGAAUUCAAGUCCAAAUAUGCAACAGCUUGUAUUUUAUUCAUUGCAGAAAAGAGAGAAACAUGCAUAGUUCCACAGAAAUGCGAGAGCUGCAUGCAAUAAAGUAACUUUUCAUGUA